GUUCCUAAGAGCAUGCUUUUAAAAAAAUGACAAGUAAGAUCCCAAGUUCUGAACUUUAAACUGUAGUUCCAAUACCAUGUUUUGUUUUUUUCCAUUUCCUGAGACAGUUGUAGAAAGGACACAGCACUGACUGUACAACUGGUUUUCUUUAAUCAUAUGUAUAUAUUUUUUUUCAGAUGGGAAGCAUAUAAUAGAAAUACGAAUUGGACACCUAACCACAGCCAGACUUUGAAAGUCCUAUACUUUAGUUCUUGAAAUCUACUAAAAACAAGUUGAGGGUUUAUUGCUCAAAAUCAAGAUGAAUUCGAGGCCGCCACCAUAUUAUGAAAACUAUGCCUAUCAGCCAGAAAAUAUUGCUCCUCCAAGGCAUGCUGGUGGUUACAUGUAUCCACCAUAUCCAUCUCCAUACUAUCCUUCAUCAGUGCCACAUUACAUUCCAAGGGUUUCCACUAAUCAAUCAACUCCAGUGCCUACAGUAGUACAGCCGAAGGCUACACCUGCAAAGUGCAUGCCAAAAACCAGGAAAGCUGUGUGUCUGUUCCUAGCAAUUUCAGUACUACUAAUAGGAGGUGCAAUUGCUGCUGUUCUCAUUUGGCAUUUUGUGACAGACAGUUGUUUUGGCUCCAAGAUAAAAUGUGGUACAACAGGAAUGUGUGUGGCACCAUCUCAAUGGUGUGAUGGAAUACGUGAUUGCCCGAAUAAUGAAGAUGAAACCCGUUGUGUGAGACUUUUUGGACCAGAAUUUCAACUGGAGGUCUAUUCAUCUGAAAGCAAAGAUUGGUACCCUGUAUGUUCUGAUGAUUGGAAUGAUAAACAUGGGAAGACAGCCUGUGAAGAUCUGGGAUAUAACUCGAAUACAUAUUUCAAGAGCCAGACAAUACCACUCAUGAGUGCAUCUAAAGGCUUUAUGAAGCUGAAUGCAAGUGCUGGGGAUAUAGACUUGUAUAAGAAAUUGUAUAAUAGUAAAAGCUGCUCAUCAAGGAGUCUGGUGUCUCUGCAAUGCAUAGACUGUGGCACUCGACGUGUAAACCGUCGAAACAGAAUUGUGGGAGGGACCUCUGCCUCCCUCGGAGAUUGGCCCUGGCAAGUCAGCCUUCAUUCCAGUGGCACCCAUCUGUGUGGAGGGUCUAUUAUCACUCCUGAAUGGAUAGUAACAGCAGCUCACUGUGUAGAAAAGGCAUUUUCUAAUCCAAACUAUUGGACAGUUUUUGCUGGGAUAUUGACACAGCCAGAAAUGAUUUCUUCAAAGGGACAUAAAGUUGCAAAAGUAAUUCCUCAUCCAGGCUAUGAUACAUCUUCUAAAACAAAUGAUGUUGCUCUUAUGAAGUUACAGUCCCCACUUGUUUUUGAUGAAUUUGUACGACCAGUUUGUUUGCCAAACCCUGGAAUGAUGUUUCAGUCAGAUCAGCCGUACUGGAUAUCUGGAUGGGGAGCAGUAGAACAAAAAGGUCCCACUUCAAAAAAACUGAAUGCAGCACGCAUACGUCUGAUAGAUUCUGAUACAUGUAAUAACAGAUACAUCUAUAAUGGGCUCAUCUUGCCAACCAUGAUUUGUGCUGGCUACCUAAACGGAGGAAUCGAUUCUUGUCAGGGUGACAGUGGUGGUCCAUUGGUAACGUCCAAAGAUAGUUUGUGGUGGUUGGUGGGUGACACAAGUUGGGGAACAGGCUGUGCUACAAAAUAUAGACCUGGAGUUUAUGGCAACAUGACUGUUUUCACAGACUGGAUUUACAAAAAUAUGCAGGCAAACAGACGAUGAUGCUUGUUAGCCCUGUCGCCCUGUGGAAUAAAUGGGACACCAAUGAAUUGGAUCGCCUCAAUCAGUGGUGAAUGGAAUGAACCUCUUGGAUUUUUAACAGCUUUCUUACCAAGUGCCUUAAAAAGCAGUAACAAGAACAUUUUGGUCCUCAACAGUUCAUAUAUUGAGUAUAACCUGACUUUUUAUGAAUAUUUUGAUGCCAUUUGCACCAUCUUGGCUUUGUAGCAUAUUUAAUGAGCUAUAAAGUGGUUAAUAUGCCUUUUAUCAAAAACUUGAAGUUUCCAUUCUGAGGAUCUCCAGCCUGUUUUUAUUUUUAUGUUUGUUAGAGAUAAAACUGUAAAUUGCUGUUUCUACCUUUGUCUGUGGAAUGCAAGUAUAAAUCUUUGCUGUUUUCUUGAUGUUAAUUUUAGUAUAUCUGUGAUAUCCACAUCUGGGCUGCUGGUUAGCCCAGUUCUCCAUGGUUGGAGGAAAUGAGAUAAUAAACACCUUGAUGGGUCAGAAUCCACUGAGUAACAUACACUGGUGGAACCUUUUAUUAUGUUAACAGGUGUCCUACUGUUUCUCUGGGAAGUAUACUUACCUCUUCCCACAGGAAACUCUCCUAAUACAAUCCUAGUUUACAGGUCUUGAUGCUGAUGUUUCCCCAAACAUAGGUGAGAAAUACACCUUAUAUUUGGGUACCUAUCAUUUGCUUUGCUCUUUUCAGGUGUUAACUAAUUCUGAAUUGGAUUGAAUCCACCCCUUUCCCCUUACACAAAUCAAAGAUCAGAUUAGUACAGAAAAAAUGAGUCCUGCAUUUCAUUUUGUUGAAGGGAAUAUUCCAGGAUUAUUUGAUGUAAGAAUAAUGAAAGAAUAAAGCAACAUAGUAGAAAGAUCUCCUGGCCUGCUAUUAAGACACAUUGAAGAUGCAAUGAAGCUUUAAGCAACACUUCCUGAGCAAAGGAUAUUCUUUUGUGAAAUUGUGCUAUGCACAAUUGACUUCUGUUUCUGUCAGCCACAAAUGCUAAUUAAUUGAAAAGUAAGGGGGGGACUGAAAACCUUUGACUACCUCAUUGUGUAAUAUAUUUGCAGAAUCUGAAUGUAUUGAGCAUGGAAACGUUUCUCAUGUUUUUUUUAACUUAAUAUAUUUAUAUUGAUUAUUUUAACAAUGAAGAUGGAAGAAACAAGUGAUGAAAUUUGAUACCGUGAAAUUGACAGACCAUUUCCACUUUGAUUUCUAUUGUCUAGUUAACUUAAAGCUGGUAUAGAAAUGCACCUUCAGAAAAAUGCCCGUUGCAAAAACAGCUCCUUCAGGUUUUGAAAAUGCAACAGGUUGUAUACUCAUAUAUCAUUGAGUGCUUGCUUUAAUCAAAUACAUGCAUUUUAUAGAUUUGCUAACUAGUGAUCAUUUAAGUUAACAUUUUGUAUUUGUAAUAUGCAUCUUAUACAAAAAACCGUAAAUAAACGUUUUACAAUCUUU